GUAUUGAAAUUUCGUGCAAAGUAGAAGGCAGUUGAAGCCUGAAAGGAACCCAAAUACCAAAAAAAAAAAAUCAUAAAAUCAAGUCGUUGACCCUCACCAGUCACCACCAAAAUCCCCUCCCUCCAAUUCCAAGCUUUCUCUCCAACAGCGGCCCCUACGCCGCUGCCCUUGCUCUCUCUCUCUUCUCCCUCUCUCUCUCUUCUCGUGCUCUAUUAAAAAGCCAACGCACACUUAGCUCACGCCUACAAACAAACUCCUCUCCCCCUUCCUCUUCCUCCAGCACAAGAAACAAAAACCAGAGCCUCCAUAUAUCAUCACCUCUCCUCGUCACAAAACAGAGAGAAACCAAAAAACACAGAGAGAAACAGAGAAGGAGAUAAGAAGGAAGAAACGAAAUGGACAGGGAAGGGGUGGUGGUGGUAUUAUGGCUGAUGCUGAAGCUGGCGGCUGCCUCGUUUCUGGCGGCGGUGUUCGUCCUCAAGAUCGUUGUUCUCCUCUGGUGGAAGCCCAGGAGAAUUGAGGACCAUUUCUCGAAACAGGGCAUCCGGGGCCCGCCGUAUCGCUUCUUCAUCGGCAAUGUCAAGGAGCUCGUCGAGAUGAUGCUCAAGGCUUCCUCUCAGCCCAUGCCCACUUACUCCCACAACAUCCUGCCCCGCGUCCUCUCCUUCUACCACCAGUGGAAGAAAAUCUAUGGCUCGACAUUUCUGGUUUGGUUCGGACCCACGGCCCGGCUGACCGUAUCCGACCCGGACCUGAUCCGCGAGAUCUUCUCCUCCAAGGCCGAGUUCUACGAGAAGGUGGAAGCCCAUCCGCUGGUCAAGCAGCUCGAAGGCGACGGCCUCCUCAGCCUCAAGGGCGAGAAAUGGGCUCACCACCGCAAAAUCAUCACCCCGACUUUCCACAUGGACAAUCUCAAGUUGUUGCUGCCGGUGGUGGCGGAGAGCGUGACCGGAAUGCUGGACAAGUGGACCCAGGCAAUGUCCAAUUCCGGCGAGGUCGAGGUCGAAGUCUCCGAGUGGUUUCAAAACCUGACGGAGGACGUCAUCACUCGAACCGCCUUCGGAAUUAGUUACGACGACGGCAAGGCCAUCUUCCAGCUUCAGGGCCAGCAGAUGCUCCUGGCCGCCGAAUCUUUCCAGAAAGUUUUCAUCCCCGGCUACCGGUUUUUCCCGACGAGGAGGAAUGUGAAUUCGUGGAAAUUCGACAAGGAAGUCAGGAAAUCUCUGACGAAGCUGAUCGACGUGCGGCGGGAGAGCUCUUUCUCUGCAACGGCGGCGUCUCCGGCGCCGGCGAAGGACUUGCUGGGGCUGAUGAUUGAAGCGUCCAAGUCCCGGCCGAACGACGUGACGCCAAACGACAUCGUAGAGGAGUGCAAAAGCUUCUUCUUCGCCGGCAAACAUACCACAUCCAAUCUGCUGACGUGGACAACCGUCCUUCUCGCUAUGCAUCCACGCUGGCAGGCGCUGGCACGUGACGAGCUCCUCCGGGUGUGCGGGUCACGUGACAUUCCCUCCAAAGAUGACCUCAUCAAACUCAAAACGCUGAGCAUGAUACUGAACGAGUCGUUGCGGCUGUACCCGCCGACGAUCGCGACGAUCCGACGGACGAGGGCCGACGUCGAGCUGGGAGGGUACAAGGUGCCACGUGGGACCGAGCUGCUGAUCCCGAUCCUGGCCCUGCACCACGACCAGGCGGUGUGGGGGAACGACGUGAACGAGUUCAAUCCGGGCCGGUUCGCGGACGGCGUGACCCGGGCCUCCAAGCAUCCGGCGGCCUUCAUUCCGUUUGGGCUCGGGGCCCGCAGCUGCGUGGGCCAGAACCUGGCCAUCAUGCAGGCCAAGCUGACGCUGGCGAUGGUAAUCCGACGGUUCAGAUUCAAGCUGGCGCCGACGUACAAGCACGCGCCGACGGUGCUGAUGCUGCUCUACCCUCAGUACGGCGCCCCCGUGAUCUUUGAGAAACUGGCCCCGUCAUCGGAAUCGUUGCCGUCAUCGGAAUCGGAAUCGGUAUCCAGCGGUCGUCAUACUGUGUCGAUGUGAAAAAAGAAAAAAGCAAAGGGAUGGAAAAGUACAAAAUGAUACCCCAAGUAAUAUGGUAUACAUUUGCUAACCCCUACUGUUAAAAAAAAGUGAGAAAAUGGAGGCUAUGGGUUUUUCUUUUUUUGGUUUUCUUGGGCUUUUUUAUUAUUAUUUGGGGUUUGAGGGUGAAACCCUGAUUUAGGAAUUGGGAUGAAGGAUGGCCAUGGUUUCCAUACCAUAGGAGGGAGGGUGUUUGCCUUUGGUUGUAAUUUUAUUUUAUUCUUUUUGGUUAAUUUUUGGGGUUUAGGGUUUAGGAUCAUUUUAGGGGUAAUUAGCUAACAAGUAGGGUAGGAAAGGUCCUUAUGUUCAAUCUCUCUAUCUUAAUUUCUCAUGUGUAUGUAAUGUGUAUAUGUUCAAGAAUCCCGACACAGUUUUGUAACAUUGUGAUCCGCCUUCUCCAUUAAUAUCGUUGUAAUUAGUUUUUUUUUUUUUGAAAAAGAAGUUGAGGUGAAAGAGAUUUUGUUCUAACAUAGUAUCACAACUAGUGAUCCGGAGUUGUCUAUUGUUCGAAUCUUGAUAAUCUCGGUAUUACUAAAAGGGUUUAAGCACAAGGCACCCCGAACUUAUACAAAUUCAUAUCAAUUUGUUCUGGACUCGAUCAACCUCUUCUGCCCUGAACACCAUCACCGUCGUAUAUUCUCGUGGAUCACGUCACUAAAAACUUUGUAAUCAAUUAAGCUCGGUACAUGGCCUAGAGCUUAGUAACUAGGAAGAGCUAAGAAGCUAGCAUAGGAUGUUCUUGGGAAACAAAACGUUAUAGUGGAAGUUUCCUUCCCGGUUUCAAGGUGAAGGAAAGUAGGUUAGAGGCCCUUCAUCCAAGAAGUUAAGUUUUAUUAGAGAAUUAAAAUAAUGGGGUUCUAAACUAAAUUAUAACUAAUUGGCAUAUAACACAUCAGUCACCCUUACUUAUUUGGUCUAAUUUAUAUUAAGUUUGUCAAAGCACGUCGAAUAGUAUCGUCAAGUGGUUAAAGUUGUUGUAUCAGCACUUGUUGCACACCCACAUUCGCUGGGAGGGAGCUAGAUCAGCAAGACGGUUCAAGUCAACUGGACAUGAAGGGGUGGCUUGCAUUUGUAAUCUGGGUCCGAGAAGUGGUUCACUCAUGUGGAUGUGCACUGGGGUGAAUGUGGCUUCUAAUACUGUGACAAACUUACUUGCGCAUAUUGACUCGAUCGGUAUGUUAGUUUAGUCAUUAUCUCAUUCUCACCAAAUUUUCAAUACAGUGACUACGUUGUUACAUACCUAUUAUCUCAAUGAUCAUCUAUCCACUAACACUAGACACAAUCAAAGUAUUCCUAGCUCCAAGGUUUUGAAGAGUGGCAAACUAAUCAAAAGGGAUAGUUGCACCAUCCAAGAAAGAAAGGGGCAUGAAAUGUUCUUUCAAAGCAAACAAUAAAUGGUGUAAGUGGUGGUUGUAAUCCAACAUGCAAAAUGGAAACCUUCUUCUUUUAAAUACACCCAUCAAAUGGUGCUUUUUUAUGGGAUUUUGUUUGAGUUGUACUUUAGAAUGGUUAAAUCAUUUUUUUGAAGGCACUAGCUUUAUGGCCUUUUCCUUUUUGUAAUUUGGCCUUUUGGGAUCUUCUCAUUGCCCUUGGAAGGAGGCAGGGCCUCUAAUCUUAGGGCAAUUUUAAUGGUCCCCAAAGAGAUGCAUGUGGUAAAGGGGAGGAUAUGAAAGAUCUCACCAUACUCUCCCUGCUCUCUCCACUACUUGCAUUUGUGUUUUGUCCCAUUUAUUUAUGUUGUUUUGGCAAAACUUUGUCUAUGGGUUGAAGAGGAAUCUAAGCAUGUCAUGGAAGCAUGUGAUCACAUUUCAUAAUUACUUAACCCCUCAUAUAAUAAGUUCAAUAUUAAAAUGCUUUCCAACAUAUACUAACACAUUCCAAGUAAACAUUCUCCUCCUAAGAAAAUGUUUGUUAAUUCGAUGAGGUUAGUUCAUAUUUAACUAACUUCGUCCAACUUCAUAUAAUUUACUUUUGAUUAUCGAGUGUCGUGCAAUCCUUAUUCGUUCAGCACAUCAUUCGUCUAAGUGAGUGAAGUUACUAGGAGAAGUUCACAAACGAAUAUCAUAUCGUUACUAUUAUGCAACGCUAAAAGGAAGAGUAUCCUUGCUGGCAUUGGAGUUCGCUCAUAUUCAAGAUACCGUUUAGUUAGAUCAACAACUAACAUUUUUUUGUAAUCACCAAAAGGUAGCUCAAGUAGUAAGACAUGUGGUAUGCUCUCGGGAUUGUUCGAUUCCCCCCCCCCCCCCCCCCCCCCAUUUCCAGGAAAAACUAUCGACAACUCGCAUGGAUAUAUGCCCGAAUCACUUGAUUCCGUGAAUUGGUCGGGUAUUCAACGAAGCCAAUAUAACCUCGGAUGUAUGAUAUCCCUUUUCGUUAAAAAUAUUUGUUAUUAAUCAAACACUGUGAUUUCAUAUAAUAAAUCAAAGUCAUUCCAUGUGUCAAAGUCGACACUCCUUCCAUCUUCACACAUGAUUCACUUUAAUUGGUAAAAAUAUCCAAAUCUUCCCAAAUUUAGGGGGGGAAGGGUGUUUUCAUUAUUCUAAACAUGAUUAACUAGUGUUGGUGCUAGGGAUGAUGGGUGAUCCUUUGGGGAAUAUUGAUUAUCUAAAUAAAGCCAUUGUCUUUUUUGGUUAAUGAAAUAUUGUGUGCUUU